AUGAAGCUGCUUUCAGCAGACAUGGUCUCGCUGGUGACGCUUUCGAUUUUGGUCGCGAUCAGCGUCGAGAGUGCGCCUGUCGUGGCACCUGGUCGGCUGGAUCUGUGGAUGCGUGGGAUUGGGGAUGCGCCUUUGAUCGUUCUGGGCAACUACCAGUCUGGAGACGACAACCAGAGCGGCCAGGGCAACUCGCAGACAAGCGUCAGCAACACCAACGUCACCGGCAACGCCAACUCGGUCAGCUCCAACUCGGACGGCUCGAGCCAGAGUCAGUCUCAGAGCGCCAACCAAGGCCAAGGCGGCAACGCUCUACCUUCGAGCGGUCAACAGCAACAGCAACAGCAGCAGCAGCAGCAGCAGCAAGCUCAAUCUCAGACCGCAGGCCAAAGCCAAAACCAUGGUCAGAGCGAGUCUCAGUCGCAGAACGAGAACGAGCAACAAGGCUCGUCGUCUUCGAACAGUCAGAGACAGGACAGCAAGCAAAUCCAACGACGAUGCAAGGCCUUCUACUGA